AUGUUGUCCGGGUGGAAAUCAAAGCCAAGUGCCAUGUGUAGAAGCGGCUGUAGGUAAAGUUACGGUAAAAUCUGCAACGUUUUGAACCAUCACAGACGACCAUGAGUCUUUUACCUCGCACCGCCGAGGAGUUCAGCUCUGCUGAGUACUGGGAGAAGUUUUUUAAGAAGAGAGGGGAGAAGGCUUUUGAAUGGUAUGGAGACUACAACAAACUGUGCGGUGUGCUGCACAAAUACAUCAAAGUCCAAGAUAAGGUGCUGGUGGUUGGUUGUGGUAACUCUGAGCUGAGUGAACAGAUGUAUGAUGUUGGCUACAAGCAUCUGACCAAUAUAGACAUUAGUGAGACUGUGGUCAACAACAUGAACCAGCGAAAUGCUGAGCGCAGGCCAGGCCUUACCUUCCAUCAGGUGGAUGCUACUAAAACUCCAUAUGAGGAUGCAAGCUAUCAGGCUGCUCUGGACAAGGGCACCUUAGAUGCUAUGGCAUCUGAAGAAGAAGGAGCUUUGGCCAGGAACAUGCUCACAGAGGUGGGUCGUGUGCUAAGUGUCGGGGGUCGUUAUGUCUGUGUGACACUGGCUCAGGAGAGCGUGAUCAAGUUGGCUGUGGAGCAUUUUGUUCAGCUCGGCUGGGCAGUGAGGCUCCACUGCCUGCAGGAAGAAAACAGGACAGAGGAAGACUCGUUUGCUCUGCCUGUUUUUGUUCUGGUUUGCACCAAGUUCCGUCAGCCUAUGCCCACACCCAUUCUUGAGAUGUGCCUCGGAGAGGAUGGAGCCCCUGUCCGUCACACGCAUGUUUCUGAACUGUUGUCAGCUGUGAGGGAGCAUCAGGCUUACUCCGUCUUGAGAAAGAGGCUCCGGACGAACACUGAUGCCAACUCAAACCUCUCACUCACGCUCUGCCAUGCAAAGACCGGCCUUCCCAGAUACACUCUUACAAUACAAGAUUCUCCACCAGGUGCUAAGGUUCCAAGAGCAAACCAGUUUGCUAUAUUUAUCGUUCCUCAAGGGAGUGAGACAGCCUGGCUCUACAGCUCUGGUGAGGGGCGGAGGCAGCUAGCAGCCAGUGCUAACUUUCAGCGCUUGGUUAUUGUAUCAAUGCACAGGAAUCAGGAGUACACAGAGAUGCAAGCUGUCCAGUCAGAACUCUCACCAGUGGUGAUGGACCUGGCUCCCCCGGGUAUGCCAGCCAACCACCAGGUGCCAUUUCUGUCUGUGGGAGGUGACCUUGGCUGGCGAGAGGAGGUUAGCAGGGGAGUGAGUCAGCUGAGUGGGGAGUAUUGCGUGGAGAAUGUCAAAGGAGGGGACGGAGAACUGUAUCGCCGACUUGUUUUCCUGUCUAAUGCUGCCCUUGUCCAAUCAGAGAGCCGUCUGGUCUCAUCAAAUACAGCGACAAGUCAGAAGAAAAAGAACAAAAGGAAGGCCAAGGCAUCAGCAGCUCCAGUAGCAUCUUCAACCUCCAUGACUGUGGACAGUGGCUUCCUCUGCUGUGCUCACCAUGAAGUCAUGGUGGCUUGUCUUGCUAUGCUUGGCGUGGGCAUGCCACAGAACAAAGACAUCCUAGUGUCAGUGCUCCUGGUGGGGCUCGGUGGAGGAGGCCUUCCACAGUUUCUGUGGGACUUUAUGCCCAAUGUAACUAUUGAAGUUGUGGAACUAGACCCAGUUGUGUUGGAGGUGGCUAAACAAUGGUUCGGGUUUCAACCAGAUGACCGUUUGACUGUCACUCUUGGGGAUGGUCUGGAACGCAUUUGUGCACUGGAAAAAGAAGGUGGUCAUUUGUUUGAUGCCAUCAUGUUUGAUGUAGACAAUAAAGAUAGCACUCUGGGUAUGAGCUGUCCUCCUGCUGCCUUUGUAGAAACCCCAAUCCUGCAGAAAGUCCGUAACUUGCUAACUCCCAGAGGUCUGUUCAUACUGAACCUUGCAUGUCGAGACCCAGCCUUGAGGAAAAGCGUGCUUGAGCGUGUCAGCGGCGUGUUUCCCACCAUCCUGUCUCGAAAGAUCGAGGAAGAGAUAAAUGAAGUCCUUCUGUGCACUCGUGGUGAAAAGGAGACAACAGACGCCACCCACAUUUUGCCAUCCUUAAACCAGGCAGCCAAGAAUCUGCAGAGUGCACUGUGCUCCAGCGGGACUGAACCCAGCCGUAGGCCGCAUAUAGACAUUGCAGAGUUGCUAAAAGACUUGAGAAUAGUGUGAAGCAUGUUUGUGACCAUUGAGGGCUGAGGUUAACCACGUGUCGGGACAGUGUUUGAGAUUGUACGACAAACAUAUUAAAAUAUGGGAAAAAGUGCUUUGACUUUGCCAUUCAGUACAAUGUCAUUUAAAGUGUACAUGUGUAACAUAAGCAGUCACAAAUAAACGUUUUAUCCUUUAAA